UAAUUGGAAAAUCAAUCGAAUAAUUCGAAUGAUUGCUUAGUCUAUUAUUUAGUCAUCGAAUAAGUAAAGUAGGUAUCGCUACUAUGGACACAGUGACAUUGACAGUUCUCCCUUCAAUUUUCUUUCCUGUUUAAGUUAGUGUCGACAUGGCUCGCGGUCCUAAGAAACACUUGAAGCGUUUGAACGCUCCCAAAGCAUGGAUGUUGGAUAAGUUGGGCGGUGUGUACGCGCCGCGACCGUCAACCGGUCCACACAAACUGCGAGAGUGCCUGCCACUCGUCAUAUUUCUAAGAAACAGACUGAAGUAUGCGCUCACCGGUAACGAGGUACUCAAGAUUGUUAAACAGCGUCUCAUCAAAGUUGAUGGCAAAGUGAGAACUGAUCCCACAUAUCCAGCUGGAUUCAUGGAUGUAGUUUCUAUUGAAAAAACAAAUGAACUGUUUCGACUAAUCUAUGAUGUGAAAGGGCGGUUCACAAUUCACCGAAUCACUCCUGAAGAAGCAAAGUACAAGUUGUGCAAAGUGAAGCGAGUGGCGACCGGACCCAAGAAUGUUCCCUUCUUAGUGACACACGACGGCCGCACCAUCCGUUACCCUGACCCUCUCAUCAAAGUCAAUGAUUCCAUACAACUAGACAUUGCUACCUCUAAGAUCAUGGACUUCAUAAAAUUUGAAUCUGGCAACCUGUGCAUGAUCACGGGCGGCAGGAACUUGGGUCGCGUGGGGUCGAUCGUGUCCCGCGAGCGGCACCCUGGCUCGUUCGACAUCGUGCACGUGCGCGACUCCACGGGCCACACGUUCGCCACGCGCCUCAACAACGUGUUCAUCAUCGGCAAGGGCACCAAGGCGUACAUCUCGCUGCCGCGCGGCAAGGGCGUGCGCCUCACCAUCGCCGAGGAGCGCGACAAGCGCAUCGCCGCCAAGGUGGCCGGCCAGUAGCCGCGCCGCCCCCUAUACUAAUAAACAUCUAAAACACA